GGAGGUGAAUGAAAAGGGUGAGAAUGCUCAUGUCCGUUUAAACGAAGAGGGGAAAUUGAGGAUAGAGAGAGAAAGAGAAGAGAGAGAGAGAGAUAGCACCUUCGCUAGUACUCUCACUCCUCCCCUCAAUCAAUCGAGAAUCCAGAUCUUCAAACCCUCACCACGUUGUAUAUGCUUAAUAUAUAUACCUGUUUUCUAUCUCUCUCUACAGGACAAACAAGAAAGCAAAAAUAAUAUAUAGACACAGAAGAUUGUGAAGGCAACGACAAAUCUAUCUUCUGCUUCUUCUUCGUUGUCUUCGUCGUCGUGUUCGUCUUCUUUUAUUUCUACGCGAAUUGCUAUUUCUCCGUGAGAUCUAUCAGAUUCGGAAGCGAUUGUGAAAGAAAAUUCAAUGGAGGCCGAGAAGAAAUCGUCGGCAGUGUCGGAUUUUGGUGCGUGGGCGAUGAAUGUUGUGAGUUCCGUUGGAAUCAUCAUGGCAAACAAGCAGCUCAUGUCCAACAAUGGUUACGCUUUCAGUUUCGCCACAACUUUAACCGGGUUCCACUUUGCUGUUACUGCACUGGUUGGACUGGUGUCAAAUGCUACGGGUUACUCCCAAUCAAAGCAUGUUCCUUUGUGGGAGCUUUUCUGGUUCUCGAUUGUUGCCAAUAUGUCUAUAACAGGGAUGAACUUCAGUCUCAUGCUAAAUUCAGUUGGAUUUUACCAAAUCUCGAAACUGAGCAUGAUUCCAGUGGUUUGCGUACUGGAAUGGAUCCUUCAUAAUAAGCACUACUCGAAAGAAGUUAAAGUGUCUGUUGUGGUUGUGGUUAUAGGUGUGGGUGUGUGCACUGUAACCGAUGUCAAAGUUAAUGCCAAAGGUUUUAUAUGUGCCUGUGUAGCGGUAUUAUCUACGUCAUUGCAACAAAUUUCGAUAGGUUCUUUACAGAAGAAGUACUCAAUUGGAUCUUUUGAAUUAUUGAGUAAGACAGCUCCUAUUCAAGCCAUCUCUCUCCUACUGCUGGGUCCUUUUAUCGACUACUUUCUUAGUGGAAAAUUUAUAGCGAACUACAAUUUGUCUUCUGGUGCUAUUUUCUUCAUACUCCUUUCAUGCUCCCUAGCAGUUUUCUGCAAUGUGAGCCAAUACCUCUGCAUUGGGCGUUUCUCAGCAGUUUCCUUCCAGGUAUUAGGGCACAUGAAAACAGUUUGCGUCCUCACCUUGGGGUGGAUGCUAUUUGAUUCAGCGCUGACUUUUAAGAACAUUAUGGGGAUGACCGUAGCGGUUGUUGGUAUGGUAAUUUAUAGUUGGGCUGUGGAGAUCGAAAAGCAAGCCAAUGCUAAGAUCACCCACCACGCGAAAACCAGUUUGACAGAAGAGGAAAUUAGGUUAUUGAAGGAGGGAGUGGAAAACACUCCGGUGAAAGAUGUUGAACUUGGUGAGUCUAAAGGGUAACACGACAGUUGCUUUGGCUGGUAACAUGCAUUUUUGCAACUGUCAUAUUUUGUAGUUUUGCCUCAUUUAUUAUGUCAAAGCAAGACCUGGUGCCCGUCUGCUCACCCUCACAUCAUUUCAAGUUAAGAAAUCGCGAUCAGUCUCAUCCAAUAGUUCUUUUCUUAAUUUAUUCUUGUUUAUUUCAUGAUUAUUUAUCUCUUUCUUUUUCUUUUUUCUUUUUUUUUUUUUCUCCUUUUUGUGUUUUGACUUCGGGUGUGCAAAGAGAUCAGAUAAUGAAGCCAUGAUGGGAUACUGAAGAUGUAAAAUCUAUUUGUAGUUCAAUUUUAUAGUUGAGUUAUCAUUGUUUUUACCA